AUGCUACGCAGCUGCGUGUGCCUGCGCACCGAGGAGGACGGGAAGCGGCGCAGCUCCUCCGUGGAAGACGCCUCCUCGUGCCGCUCGUCGGAAAUAGAGCGCGUGGGCGCCAGCAUGCAGACUUUGGGCCCCAAUGGACAGCCGCAGUCAUCCGCCGCGCAGACGAGCACCAGGGCCUCCAGUCUGCUGCAGCUCUUCCAGCGGCGAGGUUGGUGCAAGCACUUCCGCAAGCCGCUCCGGGGCAUGAGCGCCUCCCGGGCCGAAAAGACCAUCCGAGCGGCAAUAUUUAUCCAGAAAUGGUAUCGCAGGCAUCAGGCCCGUCGCGAAAUGCAGAGGCGUUGCAACUGGCAGAUCUUCCAGAACCUGGAGUAUGCCAGCGAACAGGACCAGGCUGAGCUAUACAAAUUCUUCAAUGACCUCAUUAAGCACAUGCCCCAGGCUGCGGGCAGGAAGAAUCAGUACCAAGGAUCCGCUCAUGUUUCCGUACUGGAUGAUAAAGACGACCUCGUUGAAGAGUUUGGAGACAUUGUGAAUGCCAAAAUUGAGUUGCCAAUACGAAAAAACCAUAUCGAUCUAUUGAUUGACGUCUUCCGCAAGAAACGGGGAAACCGAUUGCAUCCAAAAUAUGUGGCCCUAAUCCUACGCGAGGCUGCCAAAUCCCUAAAGCAGCUGCCCAAUAUUUCCCCGGUAUCCACGGCUGUUUCCCAACAAGUUACGGUUUGUGGGGAUCUUCACGGAAAAUUGGACGAUCUUCUUGUGGUUCUGCAUAAGAACGGGCUUCCUUCAUCUUCCAAUCCCUACGUGUUCAAUGGCGACUUUGUGGACAGGGGCAAGCGGGGCUUGGAGGUCCUUCUGUUGCUCCUCUCACUCUAUUUGGCUUUCCCCAAUGCAGUUUUCCUCAACCGCGGAAACCACGAGGACAGUGUUAUGAAUGCCCGCUAUGGAUUUAUUAGGGAGGUGGAAAGCAAGUACCCUCGAAAUCACAAGCGAAUUCUGGCCUUCAUCGACGAGGUCUACCGAUGGCUUCCCCUUGGCUCUGUGCUCAAUAGCAGAGUGUUAAUCGUCCACGGAGGUUUUUCGGAUAGCACAAGCCUAGAUCUUAUCAAAAGUAUUGACAGGGGCAAGUAUGUGUCUAUUUUGCGGCCUCCACUGACGGAUGGCGAGCCACUGGACAAAACCGAGUGGCAGCAGAUCUUCGACAUUAUGUGGAGCGAUCCGCAGGCCACAAUGGGUUGUGUUCCGAACACCCUAAGAGGAGCUGGUGUUUGGUUUGGUCCGGAUGUGACCGACAACUUCCUCCAGCGACAUCGACUCAGCUACGUCAUUCGGUCCCACGAAUGCAAGCCCAAUGGUCAUGAGUUUAUGCAUGACAACAAGAUAAUCACAAUUUUUUCGGCCUCGAAUUACUAUGCCAUUGGAUCCAAUAAAGGGGCUUAUAUUCGCCUGAAUAACCAGCUAAUGCCCCAUUUUGUUCAGUAUAUAUCGGCGGCAUCACAAACAAAGCGAUUGUCUUUCAAACAGCGAAUGGGCAUUGUGGAAAGUUCGGCGCUCAAGGAGUUGGCGGUGCGUAUGCGUGAUCAUCGCGAUGAAUUGGAGGACGAGUUCAGGAGGUACGAUCCCAAGGAUAGUGGUCACAUAUCCAUUUCAAACUGGUGCAAGGUGAUGGAGAAGGUCACCAAGUUGGGACUGCCCUGGCGACUUCUUCGCGAAAAACUGGCCCCGGGAACAGAUAGCCAGAAGGUUAAUUACAACAGGACCCUGGAUUUGUUGGACACUGAUGUAAUACUCGAAGCUGAAGCUGACGGCAUGUCAGUAAUGGACGCUCUAUAUGCCAACAAGGCAAGCUUGGUGGCCAUUUUUAAUAUCAUUGAUGCUGAUAAUUCUGGCGAAAUCACACUAGAUGAGUUUGAAACUGCAAUUGAUUUACUGGUGGCACAUAUGCCAGGUGCCUAUUCCAAGGCAGAGAUGCUAGAGAAAUGCCGAAUGAUGGAUCUAAAUGGAGAUGGUAAAGUGGAUCUGAACGAAUUUCUGGAGGCAUUUAGGUUGAGUGAUCUGCACAGGAAGGAGCAGCAGGACGAGAAUAUAAGGAGACGUUCUACUGGCAGAUCGGCCAUAGCUAAAACCGCUUCAGAUCCCGUGGCAUUGUUGGCCGACAAGAUCUCAAAAAAUACGCUGGUUGUGGAACACGACAUCGAUCCCACGGACUGCGAGUCUAAAGUUAUUGAUCCUAAGAAGUCAUAAGCUAACCAAAUUAUUAAGAAACUAGCUAAGUUUAUGUUUUUUGAUAAAGUUUUCAAUAAGGAUUUUAUUUGCUCCACUUUAAGCAUUUAAAGCACAUUCGUUUUUGUUUAAGUCACUUAUUUAAAAUAUAAAAUAUGUUGCAAACGAAUGUUAACACUUACGUAUAAAAAUUACCAAAAAUAAAAAAAAAAUUAAAGGUAAAACAUAUGAGAUCUCUAAAAAAGAAAAAACAUACUGCUAAUGUCACAACAUUUCUUAGCAUAUUUAAUGGCCAUUCCCCUACGCUUUUGAUUUAAAUGAUAUAUAGUUAUAACAAUCUAUAAUGCACUCUUUUAUAAGCUAUAUUGAGAAAUAAUUAAUGAAGUACUUUAAAAUUUUAAGACAUUUAAAAAAAGAUAUUGUUGGACAAAUAUGUUAUGUCAAAUUUACAAAACCAAAUAUCAGACGCUUUAUAUUAAAAUAUAGGCAUAAAAACAUACAUAUUAACUGUUUAUCUAACUAACAAAGUUAAUGCCCAUGGGAUCAACUUUAAAUUUAAUAUACCACUACGGCUAGUUCUAAAAUUUUAAAAAUUUGACAUGUUAACUAAAAAAAUCAUUCUAUUAAAAGACAUUUUCCUUCUCGUAACAUAAUUAAUCCUAAACGAUUAUGUUGUGCUUUAAAUUUUUAUUAAUAUAGAAGUAAAACGACGUUGAAAACAUAGAUUGAAGUCUUAACAAGUUUAAUGCUUUUGAACCACCAUGCGAUUUAUAAAGUAUAUUUUGUAAGUAAGCAGUUUAAAGAUAGUUAUAAUAAAUGAUAUUAAUUACAUACCUCACAAGAACCAUGCUUUGGCACAAGUAUUUAAGUGCAACUUUUAAACAGCUUGCCAAAUUCAUAUCACAAAACCUUUAGUUUCCAAAUUGUCAUUGAAAUAAAUACAAAAAGCAUUCGAGGCGAGCAAAUAAAAACACCUAGAGUUUCACCAAUGCAACGCAAUAAAAUCCCUGAUAUCAGUUAUAAAAAUUUUACCUUAGGAUAAGAUGUUCCGGAGACAUUUAUAGUUGCUCCUACCUAAUAAAAAAGUAAUUUAUUCAAAAGAUCGUAAUCGAGUACCUAUGACAAGCUAAAACAAAAACGCUUCUAAACAGGCACUACUGGACCAAUAAAUUUAGCCAAUCGUUGGCAGUUAAAUAAUAACACACUAUGCUAGUCAUCAAUUAACAUUAUUCUAAUGUAUAUCUACUAUAAGAAGCACCUGUCCCCUAUUUGUAUUUUGAGCCACAUUUCAACGAUAGACAAAAUAUUUUCCAGGAACUUUAUUAAUAAAUAUGUUGAAUAAUA